AUGGCCCAACCGUACUUCUCCUCGCGUGGCUCGUCUGCCGCCGCCUUUCCGGACCAAAUGCCGCAAUAUAGCCAGCCCGACUCAUAUCCUGCGUUCCCGUUGCUGCUGGGCUCAGGCCAUGUGCCCAACAACCUGCUCUACUGGAGCAACAACAACAACAACAACCACCAGGUCUUGCAGCCGGACAUAUCUCCCGUUGCUCGUUCGUCGUUUUCCUUGCUGCAGCAGCAACAGCAGCAGCAACAGCACCAUCAUCACCAACAACCACCACCACCAGCACAACAUCAACAACAUCAACAGCAGCAGCAACCCUCAACCGAACAACGGAAGCACAAGCGAACUCGGAGUGGAUGUCUCACAUGCCGUGCCCGUCGAAUCAAGUGUGACGAGGGUCGCCCGGUAUGCGAGAGAUGUCGGAAAGGCAACAGACCCUGCGAAUACGCCCAGCGCAACGCUAGAUCGACCAACCGUACCAAGUCGCGGAGACAGUCGUCACUAGAAAGCAUAUCUUCGGAUGAUGACAACGCCGAGCCCGGCAGCGGUGCUGGCCUAGAUGUUAUUCCUGAUGAAGAUGAGACAGCAGAAAUCCCUGGUGGCCGGCGGCCACCCACAAUACCAGAGGAUGCUUCGUCCAAAAAGACGAAUAUGCGGUCUCCGAGCAAGCAUCGUCCGAGGAAGACCUCUGAAGCAUCGUCCGGAAAUAAGUCAAAUUCACUAUCACCAGCCUCGGAUUUGGUGUCGCUAUCGCCCAGUUCUUCGGCCAAUUCUCAGUACAAGAAUCACAUAGUGCAGCGCCCAGCACGAGACCUGAGGGAAAUGUUCAAGCACAAGCGUCUGAAAGAUGACGUUUGGUACUUCUUAAAGUAUCACCAGGAAAAGCUGAACCAUAACCACUACUUGAUGAAUUAUGAAACAGAUGCGUUCUUUCGAGGCACGCUGUUGGACUUGGCCGUCGACUAUGAGCCACUCCUGUAUGCGCUGGUGGGCUUUGCUGCGUAUCAUCAUACCUUGGAAAACCCGCGAGGGAAACUAUAUGAUUUUCUCAAAUAUUACGAUCGAUCACUUCAACUACUCCGGAAGAGUCUUGCGUCGGGGUCUAAGCACAACGAAGGAACGCUGGCUACCAUUCUUCAGCUGUCAACAUUCGAGGAAAGUAUCGGUGACUUCAUGAAUCUAGUCGAUCACCACCAAGCCGCUGAUGAGUUGAUACACGAGCUCCUUACCCCGACUAGCAUCACACAGAACCAUGUGCAUCGAUAUCUAUUCAUCUGGCAUGCACGGUUCGAUCUUGUAGCAUGCAUCAUUGCCAGUAACGAGGCCAUCCUAGGUCCGGAAUGGUACACGGCAAUCGAGCGACACGACACCGCUCAAGCAGUCCAAAACCCAGAUGAUUUCUUCAAACAACUACAGGCGCUCGCCUCCCGAACACGCCUUUUCGCCAUGGAAUUCGCAUCCCUAUUUGCACAACUGUCGCGCGGGCUGAUUAGCUCUGAGGAAUUCGAAGUCCGCUUCAAAUCACUUAACCAAGUCAUCAACGACCUCCACCGCGUUCUCGAACAGUACGAUCAAUGCGACGAGGUCAUCUUACCCAGACCCGCCGUACCUUUACAAGGCCCGGAAGACGUGCUUGACACAACCAUGCCCUGCAGAUUCUAUCGAGACUCGAAAUGGAUGCUCAACUUCAUGUGGCCCGACGUGCUUGCCACGGAGCUCAUGUUCAAAUACCAGUCGCACAUUCUGAUGGGGCAACCGGAGGGCGCAGAACUGCAGAGGAUUGCGCUGCAGAUCUGUCACCAUGCAGAAAGUAUUGCGAGAUGGCCCGAGGUCGAGGUUGGGUCUAUUCUGGGCUUUCACAAUUGGAUGAUCUUGACGACUCUUUUCUUGCCGAAGGAUUCGAAGCAUAUGAUGUGGACUCGACGGUUGUUUGCGCAGGUUGAAGUUAAUGGAUAUGUCUACGCCCCGCGUGUGCGCAGAGCGCUAUCAGAAGUAUGGAACGACGCCAGCGUGGAAGAAUGGUGGGACCCCAACGACCAAGGGGGCUGCCCAAGCCUGAUCAAAGAAAUUCGAUCACUGACCGAAGAACGAACCACGAGCCCCCGCGACCAAGUCCGUGAAGAUGUGCGGGACUUGAAAUCGCUGUUUGGGAGCAUGCGCAUUGACGAUAGUACGCCUGAGUAG